UGCCGCCGCAACGCCGCAACGUCAAGUUGCGUCAAGUCGUUGAGAGAAAACAGUGAACGGAUAGGCACGUGAAAGAAAUGGGACGGACGAUUUAUGCUGAGGAGCAUCUUCGCACGUAUUUAUCGUCUUUAACGAAGCCGGAUGGCUACGUAAUAGGAUUGAUUUUAGGACAGAGUGCUGGGCAAAAAGACUACAUCGUGCACUUAGCAAAGACACCACCUCCACUCACUAAGAAUGUUGUGGAAGAGACGUUAAUUAGUUCUGCAGCACCUGCAGAACAAGAUGCAGCGAAUACAUAUAUCAAAUCUGUUAAAGAUAUACCUAUGAGUUGGGUUGCUGAUCACGCUAAACAUGUUACGAGAAUGCUGCCUGGUGGAAUGUGGGUACUCGGAAUAUUUAUUGUUGGACCUGAAGAUACGUUAGACAAUACUAGCAAUGUACAAAAGCUGAAGUCGGUUCUUGGUGCAAUUCACAAAACUUUGUCGUGGAAUAAUAAGUAUCUCUGUGGAAAUAAUCAGGAUGAGAAACUUAUAUUGAGUUUUAACAGUGUUACGCAAAAAUAUAUUUGCAAGUCAAUAGACAUUGCUAAGGACAGUAUGUUAAAACCAGCGGAUUGGAAGUUCCAAGAAAAGGCAACCAAAUGGCAUCAACUUGAAGCUCUGGUGGACUUCGACAAAUUGUAUCUUAUUGCCGCAGACAAGGAUCCUGAAACUCUCAAGAAACAAUUGCAGAACAUUUUGACGAAUGUAGCAGAUUUAAUCGAUUCUUCGCUCGUCGUUAUCGAGGGAGAAGUCAGAUCUCCAGAUGACAUGUUGGAGGCAUUUAGCAAAAGAAAAAAGAACAGUAAAGAGUGUAAAAAUAAGACAAACGAUAGUAAUAAUUCACUUCAAGUUAGCCUGUAUAUUCCCUGCUCGCAAGGUAACAGCGAUAUGGAUGUAAAAACAACGUCGUGCAAUGCAUCGAUACGACUAAUUGGGCAACUGGUCAGUAGAACGUUUGUACAUCCCAAAGCUAGUGUUGCAGAGGCUAACACGGCUGUGAAGGAAGAUAUAGUCAGAUCGCUGGCAAGCAGAUUGGAAAUGCAUUGGGAUAGUUUGAUAGAGGAAGAAAAUGGUUCUCCCGAAGAGAAUAUUACGUUGCACGAACCACCGAGAAGAGUAUUAAUAGCGUUACCGGAAAAUAAAGUUACCUUAUCGGAUUAUUUGUUUCCUGGCGAAGGACCACAGGAGGCGUUAUUGUCAUUGCAGGAACUUCUAGAUCUUGAGGUGCAAGAGAGUCAAGUACAAAAAGAGGUAGAAUUGCAAGCUGACCCUGUAGAAUUCUACUGCCAAAGCGAUGUCAAUACUAAACCAUUGGACAAUAAUGCCGGUACAACUAUAAAUUAUGAAAUAAACGUUUAUCUUACUGGCUCUUACUUUUCUUACUUCAGUGUUGCGUUUAUUAUACUGUUAAUAGCUAUUCUCAUGUACAAGCUUAUAUAAUAUAUGUUUUAUUAUUUAAUACAUUAGCAGUGCAUACAUGAAACAUAGCAAUUUGUUCAUAUGUCAUAUAAUAUAUACGUCCAUUUUCAAAUAUAAAAUGUAUUUUGAAAUCAUGUAAAUUUUGAUGUAAAAAAAUUUUUAAAUUAUUUAAUAUACAUAUUUUGAAAGUUA